AUUUAAUUUCUCAACCUCUCAUAAAUAUCCCCUUCACUCUCUCCGUUUCCCGCUCCAACCUCAAUCACUCAACCAUCUCUAAAACAUAAACCCUACCCAAACGAAUUCAAAUUUCUAGGGUUUUAUUUCACAAUUUUGAUUCUUAACACAUGCAGUUAGGUUUAUUAGGGAGUUUCUCUUUCUCUUAUUCACUCUACUUGGCUUCUUGUACGCCAGCUAAAGUACAGCCAGUAAUGGCGGCUACUAGUGCUCUUUCCCUUACUCCCUACACUUUCUCCUGCAAUCCAAGGCAUAGAAAACGUUCAAUUUUUUGCUCUAUUGGCUCUCCUAACACUAUAGGUACACAUGGAUCUAAAGUUCCAAGUAAAAGAUCAGGAAGAACUGAAGGGGCUAGAAAAAGUAUGGAAGAUUCUGUUCAACGCAAGAUGGAACAGUUUUAUGAAGGGUCUAAUGGCCCACCGCUCCGUGUUCUUCCAAUUGGUGGUCUUGGUGAAAUUGGGAUGAACUGCAUGCUUGUGGGGAACUAUGAUCGCUAUAUUCUAAUUGAUGCAGGUGUCAUGUUUCCAGACUAUGAUGAGCUUGGCGUCCAAAAGAUUAUACCUGAUACCACAUUUAUCAAAAGAUGGAGCCACAAAAUUGAAGCAGUUAUCAUAACUCAUGGCCAUGAAGAUCACAUUGGUGCGUUGCCCUGGGUGAUCCCAGCUUUGGAUUCACAUACACCGAUAUAUGCAUCUUCAUUCACAAUGGAGCUUAUCAGAAAGCGUUUGAAGGAGAAUGGGAUUUUUGUUCCAUCUAGACUUAAAGUGUUUAAAACAAGGAGAAGAUUUACGGCCGGCCCAUUUGAAAUAGAGCCUAUCAGAGUGACACAUUCUAUUCCUGAUUGUUGUGGAUUAGUUCUUCGCUGUGCUGAUGGUACAAUUCUUCAUACUGGGGAUUGGAAGAUUGAUGAAUCACCAUUGGAUGGGAAAGUUUUUGACCGUGAAGCUUUAGAGCAACUCUCGAAAGAAGGAGUGACACUGAUGAUGAGUGAUUCAACAAAUGUACUGUCACCUGGAAGGACAACUAGUGAAAGUGUUGUAAGGGAUGCAUUAAUGAAGCAUAUUUCAGCUGCUAAAGGAAGGGUUAUUACUACCCAGUUUGCAUCAAAUAUACACCGCCUUGGAAGUGUUAAAUCUGCUGCUGAUUUAACUGGUAGAAAGCUAGUAUUUGUUGGCAUGUCCCUUAGGACAUAUCUGGAUGCUGCUUGGAAGGAUGGAAAGGCACCAAUUGAUCCGUCAACUCUGGUGAAAGUGGAAGAUAUUGAUAGCUUUGCUCCGAAAGAUUUGCUGAUUGUUACAACUGGUUCACAAGCAGAACCACGUGCUGCCCUCAAUCUUGCGUCCUAUGGAGGAAGUCAUUCCCUUAAACUGACCAAGGAAGAUAUUAUUUUGUAUUCAGCUAAGGUGAUCCCUGGUAAUGAAUCUCGUGUAAUGAAAAUGCUAAAUCGCAUAUCCGAGAUUGGAUCAACUAUAGUAAUGGGUCGGAAUGAAGGGCUACAUACAUCUGGCCAUGGUUAUCGUGGUGAACUUGAGGAAGUUCUUAAAAUAGUAAAGCCACAACAUUUUUUACCCAUACAUGGAGAACUGUUGUUUCUAAAAGAGCAUGAACUCCUUGGGAGAUCAACUGGCAUUCGACAUAGUACAGUUAUAAAGAAUGGAGAGAUGCUUGGUGUUUCUCACUUGAGGAAUAGAAGAGUACUUUCUAACGGUUUUAUUUCUCUUGGGAAGGAGAAUUUGCAGUUGAUGUAUAGUGAUGGUGAUAAAGCAUUUGGCACAUCUACCGAACUCUGCAUUGAUGAGAGACUAAGAAUUGCUACAGAUGGUGUUAUUGUGGUCAGCAUGGAAGUUUUACGUCCUCAAGAGAGUCUAAAUGAAUAUAGCUUGAAAGGAAAAAUAAGACUUACUACACGUUGCCUGUGGCUUGACAAAGGGAAGCUUUUAGAUGCAAUGUACAAAGCUGCCCAUGCUGCACUUUCAAGCUGCCCUGUUAGGUGUCCUUUAGCUCACAUGGAAAAAACUGUCUCUGAGGUGUUGAGGAAGAUGGUGAGGAAGUACAGUGGUAAAAGACCUGAAGUCAUUGCCAUUGCUGUAGAAAAUCCAACUGGAGUUAUCUCAGACGAGCUCAAUGCAAGGCUAUCUGGCAAUUCUCAGUUGGUUUUGGUCUCCCACAUUGAGAAAAGUGAAAGAACUGCCCUUGCAGUGAGAAUUGAAUUUGAAGAUCUACUUCCAGAGGAAAACACCACUAUUUCAAGUUCCAACUUUAUUGAAAGACUUCCUUCUGAUUCCGAGAAUUCAGAUGAUUUCUGGAAACCAUUCACCACAUCAUCUUCACCAAUUGACAAUUUGGUAAAAGAAGAUGGUUUGGUUCCACAAGAGGAGCAGAUAUUAAGUCUUGAAAAAGAUGAUUCUGAAGGCAGUGAAGAUGAAUCCUCAGAGAAGCGAAGUUCCCAGCGGAAGUCUUCCAAGACGAUGAAACGGAACAAAUGGAAACCUGAGGAGGUGAAGAAACUCAUUAAAAUGCGUGGGGAAUUGCGUAGUAGAUUUCAAGUUGUGAAGGGGAGAAUGGCUCUCUGGAAAGAAAUAUCAACACAUUUAAUGAAUGAGGGGUUUAAUCGCACACCUGGCCAGUGCAAAUCCCUAUGGGCAUCUCUGCUACAGAAAUACGAGGAAAGCAAGAGUGAGAAGAAAAGCCAAAAGAGUUGGCCAUUCUUUGAAGACAUGAAUAAAAUUUUAUCAGACUCUGAGCUGAUGACAACAGAAUGAUUGAAGAUGGAGGAUAAGAACAAUGUGUACUGAAUUAUUUAUCUUAAAAGUUUGGCUUGGCCACAUUGUUUGUAUCACAGGUUCAGCUUGUAGAAGCAGUGUAGUAAAGUUGGAAGAAUGAUAAAGGAGAAAUGGAUUUGUUUCAAAAUUCAAAGCCAGAGAGGCCUGCCUGUGAAUUGGGUAACCCUCCCCAUAUACACGCAAUGACAGACGAGGUUGAUUAAGUUUUGUAGUUAUAGAACCUUUAUGUAAAUUGGUUUCUCUCUCUAUCCUA